AUGGAAACGGAUGAUCAGUAUCUAAAAAGGAUUUACAGUGAUCCGAAUCAUCCGGGUAGCUUUUCUGGACCAGGGAAACUGAAACAAGUGAUUGAUCACGAAGGCAAGCGCGACAUCAGUCUAGGGAAAAUAAAACAUUUUCUUCAAGGGCAAGAUACUUACACAUUAAAUAGACCUAUAAAACAUAAAUUUACGAGAAAUGCAGUCAUUACCAGAGGUAUACGCGACAUGUGGGAUGGAGAUCUCGCGGAUAUGACUAGAUUAGCAAAAUGGAACAGUGGCGUGAAGUUCUUGUUGGUAGUCAUAGAUGUUUUUUCACGUUUCGCCAUUGUAAAACCUUUGCAUGAUAAAAAGGCCGACACUGUUUUAACAGCUUUUAGAAACAUUGUAUCUGAGAAUGGGAAACCACGAGUAUUUCGUUCAGAUUUUGGUGCUGAAUUUAAAAACACACAAAUGGCGUCCUUUCUAGCAAAAAACAACAUUAAGCAUGUAUUUGCAAAUCCUCCAAUAAAAGCAGGGUAUGCUGAGAGAUUAAUAUUGAGCUUAAAGCAGUUGAUAUUUAGAUAUUUACAUUUCAAUAACACUUUUGUAUACGUCGACAAAUUAGAUACUCUAGUACGAAACUACAACUACAGGGUUCAUAGGUCACUCGGUGUAAGUCCCAGUGAGAUAAAUAAGUCCAACGAAUCUCGUCAUUGGAAUGAAAUGUAUAUUAACCGUCCUUACAAACAGAAAAUAUAUUCUGCUAAACCAAACGAAGAGAAACUCAAAAUUUUACCUGCUAGAAAAUUUAGAUUCAAGAUUAAUCAAUUCGUUCGUGUGAGUAUAAAUAGGCGUACUUUUGAAAGAAGUUUUGAUCAGAAAUUUUCAGAUGAAAUUUUCAAAAUCAAAGACCGCGAGAUGAGAAGUAAUAUACCCGUGUACUACCUCCAAGACCUCCAAAAUGACCCCAUUAUUGGGGCUUUCCACACAUCAGAACUGCAACCCGUUUCUAAAUCUGAGGAUAGUCUGUUCAAAGUUGAAAAGAUAUUAAAACGUCGCGGAAAGGGAGAUAAUCGUGAGGUUUUAGUGAGAUGGAGAGGCUACCCACCCAAGUUUGACUCGUAUAUCCCAUUGUCUUCACUGACAGACGUCUAA